AUGACCAGCCCUACAUCUCAAGAAUAUCGAGGAUUUAGCAUCCCCACCAAAUACAGCACUUGCAGCGAAGGACGUGGCAGUUUUGGCGGUGGAGUUGUCAAGACACCACUUCAAAACACUAUAAACACACAGAAAACCAGAGCUAGUAGAACUUCACUUGGAGGACAGGUGCAGAUCUUACUUGAAAGCAAGUUUCUGUAUUUUGAGAUGGAUAAAUUAAAAAACCUCAUUGUCACUGAUGAAAAUCACGAUAUUCAAUGGAGAAGACUAUUGUUCGCCGCCGGUGCUGCAUUAUGCGCAUUACUUUUUGCCAUGCUUGCUGUGCAGACUAUUCGAAAAGCAAAACAACCACUUCUUGUACCAACUGUGCCAAACCUGGCAGUUCGACGCUCAACUAUUAUGAGGACAUCCAGGAAAUCAAUGUAUGAGAGCGGUAUAAACCGUGAAGAAAGUAGCCAUGGGAAGUUGCAAACAGAAUCAAAAACAAGCGACCGUACCACAUUCACGCCCAUCGAGUAA